AUGGCAAUCAUCAGACAGUUUGGACUGCUGGUGUGGAAGAAUUCUCUUCAGCAGAAACGUCAAAUUGUGGUAACUCUGGUGGAGAUCCUUCUGCCCCUUCUUUUCUCGGGCAUCCUGAUCGCGCUUCGUCAGAAGGUGGACUUUAAGAACUACCCAAACGCUACAAUCUACAGAAGCUUUAAUGUUGAGAGUUUGCCAAUACCGGGUCCUCAAAAAUUUCAGCUGGGCUACGUGCCUGGCAACUCCACCGUGGUGCGGCAAGUGGCAAAGCACGUGCGAAACAGCCUGUUCCUCUCCUCAGUGCAGGGCUUUGAGACGGAGGAACAGUUGGAAAACUACGUGAAAAAUGACACCACGUCCAACAACAUGCUGGCUGCUGUGGUGUUUGAGCACCCUUUCACUCACCAUGAUGAACCCCUUCCCCUGAAGGUGAGAUAUCACCUUCGCUUCUCCUUCACACCACGCAACGCCCCACCCAAAGAAAAGUCAGAGCUGAACCCAAACAAUGACUUCGACUGGCACACACUCAGCCUCUUUCCCCUUUUUCAACUGCCGGGUCCAAGGGAGCAGUACGACAGGGAGGGUGGGACACCAGGUUAUUUCCGAGAGGGCUUUCUAGCCGUCCAGUACGCAGUGGACCAAGCCAUCAUGCUUGCCUACAACCAAACUGCUGCUAAACGUCUGUUUAGUCAGACCAAAGUGGUCCUUUCUCGGUUUCCUUACCCCCCUUUCAUCUAUGAUGUUUUCAUCCUGGCCAUUCAGAACCAGCUGCCUCUUCUCCUGGUGCUCAGCUUCACCUACACCUCCCUCAACAUAGUGCGAGCAGUGGUGCAGGAAAAAGAACGGAAGCUCAAGGAGUACAUGAGGAUGAUGGGCCUCAGUAACUGGCUCCACUGGAGCGCUUGGUUCCUGAUGUUCUUCCUCUUCCUUUCCAUUUCAGUAGUUUUUGUCACUUUGCUCCUCUGUAUCCAGGUGAGCCCUAACGGUGCGGUGCUGACCCACAGUGAUCCCACGUUGGUCUUCGUCUUCCUGCUCGUCUUCACUGUGGCCACCAUCAGCUUCAGCUUCAUGAUCAGUGCCUUCUUCUCCCGAGCCAAUGUGGCAGCAGCAGCGGGGGGCUUCAUCUACUUCUUCAGCUACCUGCCUUACUUGUUCUUGUGGCCUCGCUAUGACUUACUGAGCCAUGCCCAAAAGGUGUCAGCCUGCCUUAUCUCAAAUGUUGCCAUGGCCAUGGGAGCACAGCUUAUAGGAAUGUUCGAAGCCAAAGGUACAGGAAUCCAGUGGUCACACCUGUUUGACUCUGUGACGGUGGAUGAUGAUUUUUCCAUGGGCCAGGUUCUGUGCUUGCUGCUGUUUGACUCCGUGCUUUAUGGGCUCGUGGCCUGGUACAUGGAGGCUGUUUUUCCUGGAGAGUACGGAGUGCCUCUACCAGCUUACUUCUUUUUGCUGCCUUCAUAUUGGUGCAGCACCCCUCGCAUGGCUUUGGUAAAUGAAAAGGAGGAAGAAGAGGACGCUGAAAAGGCUCUGAAAGGAGAGUUCGUAGAAGAGGAGCCUUCUGGAGUAGUUUCUGGAAUAAAGAUUAAACACCUCACAAAGGAGUUUAAAGUAGGCAACAAGACACGACAAGCUGUAAAAGAACUGACACUGAACAUGUUCGAGGGACAAAUCACCGUGGUGCUGGGACACAAUGGUGCUGGAAAGACCACAACGCUGUCCAUGCUUACAGGUCUGUUUCCCCCCACAAGAGGCAGAGCCUAUAUCAACGGUUACGACAUCUGUCAGGACAUGGCUCUGAUUCGACGCAGCCUGGGUCUCUGUCCACAACAUGACGUACUCUUUGAUAACCUUACUGUGAGAGAACACUUGCUGUUCUAUGCACAGUUAAAGGGCUACCCCAAAGAGAAUAUCCCUGACGAGGUGGAUCGGAUCAUCCGCAUCCUGAACCUUGAAGACAAGCGACAGGCUCGGUCCAAGACCCUCUCUGGAGGCAUGAAGAGAAAGCUUUCUAUUGGCAUUGCCCUCAUCGGUGACUCCAAGGUUGUCAUGUUAGAUGAGCCCACAUCGGGCAUGGAUCCAUCAGCACGACGUGCCACCUGGGACCUACUGCAGGGAGAAAAGCGAGGUCGCACCAUUCUGCUCACCACUCACUUUAUGGACGAGGCCGACUUGCUCGGCGAUCGCAUCGCCAUCAUGGCAGGAGGAGAGCUGCAAUGCUGCGGGUCAUCGCUCUUCCUUAAGAACAAAUAUGGUGCUGGUUACCACAUGGUGAUAGUUAAGGACGCACUUUGCAAUGUGUCUGAGAUCUCACACCUUAUUCACAUGUAUGUUCCUAACGCUACGCUGGAGAGCAGCGCUGGAGCCGAGCUCUCUUAUAUUCUGCCCAAAGAAAGCACCAGCAGGUUUGAAUUGCUGUUUGCUGAGCUGGAGAUGAACAAAGAGAAGCUGGGCAUCGCCAGCUACGGAGCCUCAGUGACCACCAUGGAGGAGGUUUUCCUCAGAGUUGGAAAGCUGGUGGACUCUAGUUUGGACAUUCAGGCCAUCCAGCUGCCGGCCCUACAGUACCAGCAUGAGAGACGCUCUCACGACUGGAUCAUGGAUGACUCCAGCAGCAUCAGCGCCCUGACAGAUGUCACUGAUUUCACAGACAGUGGCACGCUCAUCUCAGAGGAUGGCUCCAACAUCAAGCUGAACACUGGGGUGAGACUACACCUGCAGCAGUUUUAUGCCAUGUUUCUGAAGAGGGCGCUGUACAGCUGGAGAAACUGGAAGGUGAUGGUGGCUCAGUUCCUGGUCCCUUUAAUCUUCACCGUCGUGGCCUUAGUCGUGGCACAAACUCUUCCCAAUCACAAGAAUGCUCCUCUGUUGAAGCUGGCCCUCAGUCAUUAUGGGCCCACCAAGGUCCCUGUGGCUGUGCAGCCUGGGUCGGGUCCCCUUGCUUCUGAUUUAGCAAAUGUCUACGCUUCCCAGCUCUCAGCCCAGCGUGCUGACCUUAUCAAUAUCACAGACUUCACGGAUUACGUCCUGACCCAGGCAGAGAGGGAAGGCAGCAGCUUCAACGAGCGCUGCGUGGUGGGGGCUGCCUUCAGCGGCAGCUCUCAGAUUUCCGAAGCAACGGCUUACUUCAACAAUCAGGGCUACCACACGGUCGCCACGGCCCUCAUGAUGGUGGACAGCGCUCUGUUCCAACUUAUAGCUGGGCCCAGUGCUUCUAUAGAGACCAGCAAUUACCCCAUGCCUCGAAAUCUGUCCGAGACUGCACGGAACCAGUUCACAGAGAGCAGAACUGGGUUUGCCAUCGCCAUCAACUUGAUGUACGGUAUGGCCUCAUUGUCCAGCACUUUUGCCUUGCUGCUCGUUACGGAGUCGGCCAUCAAGUCGAAGCACGUGCAGAAGGUCAGCGGCGUCUACCUUUCAAACUUCUGGCUUUCGGCCCUGCUGUGGGACCUGGUGAACUUCAUGCUGCCCUGCCUCCUCAUGCUGGUGGUUUUCCGAGCAUUUGGAGUCGAGGCCUUUGUUGAGAACAGCCACCUUGUCGACGUGCUCCUGAUACUCCUUCUCUACGGGUGGGCUGUCGUGCCUCUGAUGUACCUGCUCAGCUUCUUUUUCUCCACCGCUGCCUCCGCCUACACACGCCUGACCAUCUUCAACGUGAUUUCUGGCACUGCCACCUUUCUGGCUGUCACCAUCAUGACAAUCCCAGAAUUAAACCUGCAGAACUUGUCACACUUGCUGGAUAAAGUGUUCCUGAUUUUCCCAAACUACUGCCUGGGCAUGUCUGUCAGCCAGUUCUACCAGAACUAUGAGUUCAUCAAGUUUUGCACCGCGAGUCCCCUUAACGAAUUCAUCUGCCAAGUGUGGAACAUCACCUACCAGCCAAACUACUUCUCAAUGUACGAGCCUGGUAUUGGGCGCUUUCUCGUGUCCCUGGCGGUGCAGGGCGCCGUCUUCAAUAUCCUGCUGUACGUUGUCGAGCUGCAGUGCGUCCACACUCUGUGGAGAUUCGUCACGCUGCUGUGCAGAAAUCGUAAACAGUUGCCUCUCCUACAGGAUGCAGCGAUCCUUCCAGAGGACAGAGAUGUAGCCGAAGAGAGGAAGAGGGUUUUGGAGUGCCAGCCAGUUGUUGAGUCUAUGGUUGGAAGCCCUCUUGUCCUGCAGGAGCUGAGCAAGGUGUACAGCAGUGGGCAGAGCAUACUGGCUGUGGACAAGUUGUCUCUCGCUGUCGGGAAAGGGGAGUGCUUCGGCCUUUUAGGCUUCAACGGAGCAGGGAAAACCACAACAUUUAAGAUGCUGACAGGUGACGAGACCGUCACAUCUGGCGACGCCUUCAUAGAUGGAUACAGCAUCUUGAGGGACAUUAAGAAGGUGCAGCAGCGAAUAGGUUACUGUCCUCAGUUUGAUGCUGUGCUGGACCACAUGACAGGAAGAGAGACUUUAAGUAUGUACGCCAGGCUCAGAGGGAUACCAGAGAGGUAUGUCUCUGGCUGUGUGGAGAACGUCCUGAGGUCGCUGCUGCUCGAGCCUCAUGCUGAUAAACUGAUCCGCAGCUACAGUGGUGGAAACAAGCGGAAGCUAAGUGCAGGCAUGGCUCUGAUUGGUGGGCCUCCAGUCGUCUUCCUGGACGAACCUUCAACAGGGAUGGACCCUGUAGCCAGGCGGCUGCUGUGGGAUGCCGUUACUCGGACUCGAGAGUCGGGCAAAGCCGUGAUAAUCACUUCUCACAGUAUGGAGGAGUGUGAAGCCUUGUGCACCAGGCUGGCGGUGAUGGUCAAUGGGCAGUUCAAGUGCCUCGGGAGUCCCCAACACCUGAAGAGCAAGUUUGGUAGUGGCUACACCCUGCUGGCUAAAGUGCACGUGGAGGCAGAGCUAGAGGACAGUGACCUGCUGCUGUUUAAAGACUUCAUUGAAAGCACCUUCCCAGGAUGUCAGCUGAAAGAUGAGCACCAGGGAAUGGUUCACUAUCAUUUGACAGAUAAAACACUAACCUGGGCACAGGUUUUUGGCACUUUGGAGGCAGCCAAAGAGAAAUACCGGAUCGAAGACUACUGCGUGAGCCAGAUAACUCUGGAGCAGGUGUUCCUCAGCUUCGCUCAGUUCCAGCACUGUUCACAGCCUUAAAGGAAGCAUGAGGGAUCAUUAGCCAUGUUCCUGCCGUGCACACAGCACACAUGUGAAAGGACAGCAGGCUGUGAACAGGAGAGAAGAACUUUUAGUCUAACUUGAACAUCAAGAUUCACUGUCAUCGGUCCAGCUGCAUCAUUCAGCAUUUCUUUGUCUCCAUUGCCUUUAUGAGACGAUGCUAACGGUGUGAUGGUGUGAUGGUGUGUGUGUAUGGAUGUGUGUGUGUGUGUAUGGGGGGGAUCAAACCAAGUAAUGAACACUCACUUCUGCACCUUUUUUAGUGAAGUCAAACACAAGGACAUCUCUCACCCACUACGCUGAGCUGUAUAGGACAGGGCUUGUGUGUUAGAUUGUGCUGUUUUUAUUUAUAGUUUUAUUUGACCAAGAGUUUGUGCUUUAAUAUGAUUUUGAUCACGGGUGAACUGACCACUCUUACGGACGAUCAUAAACCUGUUGUUCACCUUUUAGCCUUAUCUGACAAAUGAUUUUUAUUUAUUUAUUUACAUUCCAACACUGUUGUUUCCAGUGGCACGUUCAUGCUACGACAACUGUUUUUACUUCAUUCAAGACUGAUUGGAAAGGAUCAGUAAUCAUUAAUGAAUGUCUGCAUAAACUACAGUCUGCAUAAACUACAGCGAGAAAGACCACAGCACGGAGAGCUUCGUGGCCGUCCUUCCUCUGAGCACUUUUAAUCCGUCCGGAGUUCAUACAUCUGUUCAUACUUCUUCUUCUUCACUUCUCGUGACGAGCUGGUGCUGGUUUGCUGCCAAAGACGUCACAGCUGCGACAUGUGGCAUCAU